CAAUGUCCAAAGUACAUCUGAAUCCAGUGGAGCAGCUAUCUGUGGCUGAGAGAGGUGACAAUAGAAACCUCAAGUCCAGAGCCAUGGAAGAAGAAAAGGAUUUGGGGAAAKCUUUGGAAGAGAGGAGAGGGAAGCUGACCGUUGUCCUGACGUUGGCUACCCUCGUAUCUGCCUUUGGAUCAUCCUUCCAGUAUGGAUACAAUGUGGCUGUGAUCAACUCUCCAUCUGUGUUCAUACGGCAGUUCUACAACAGUACCUACGUGGGUCGUUACGGCCGACCCAUGGAGGACAGCUUCCUCACCCUCCUGUGGUCCCUGUCCGUUUCCAUGUAUCCCCUGGGAGGGUUCUUUGGCUCACUGAUGGUGGCCCCGCUCGUCAACAAACUAGGAAGGAAAGGCACCCUCCUCUUCAACAACAUCUUCUCCAUUGUUCCUGCUGUGAUGAUGGGAGUGAGCGAGAUCGCUAAGUCAUAUGAGAUCAUCAUCGUGGCUAGGGUUAUAGUGGGGAUCUGCGCAGGUCUUUCGUCCAACGUGGUGCCUAUGUACCUGGGUGAACUCUCUCCUAAGAACCUGAGAGGAGCGAUCGGCGUCGUGCCUCAGCUCUUCAUCACCAUCGGAAUCCUCAGUGCACAGGUGUUAGGCAUCAGGAGCAUUCUGGGAAACAGCACAGGCUGGCCUCUCAUGCUGGGUCUAACAGGUAUCCCUGCCCUGAUAGAGCUGUUUCUGCUGCCGUUCUUCCCAGAGAGCCCCAGGUACAUGCUGAUCCAGAAAGGAGACGACAAGACCGCCCGGAGAGCGCUGCAGCGUCUACGAGGCUGGGAGGAUGUGGACGGAGAGAUGGAUGAGAUGAGACUGGAGCACCAGUCAGAACAAGCCGAGGGCCGCCUGUCCGUCCUCAACCUCCUGUCCCUCCGCUCCCUGCGCUGGCAGCUCAUCUCCAUCGUAGCCAUGAACAUGGGUCAACAGCUGUCUGGGAUCAACGCGAUAUACUACUAUGCUGACAGUAUCUACAGCUCAGCGGGAGUCAAGGAGAGUCACAUCCAGUACGUCACAGUUGGAACUGGGGCUGUCAACGUCUUCAUGACCAUCACCGCGGUGUUCAUUGUGGAGGCCGCAGGCAGGAGGCUGCUCCUCCUCAUUGGGUUUGGGAUCUGCUGUGUGUCCUGUGCUCUCCUCACUGUGGCACUCACCUUCCAG